GUCCAGCCUUUGUUUGCUGGUAACAAGUAUGUACAGCUUCGACGGCUUGUUUCAACAGGAUGCAAAGAAGUAACAUGGUGUUAACUUGUAGCUUGAUGUAUUAUCAGUGAAUGAAAGAAAACAUAAGAUGUCUCUCCAUUUUAAAGAGGACUUUUACAUCAGCUUUCCUACCCACAUUUGAGCAAACCCUUCUGGAGAUAGAAUCACCAUGGAGCCGAGAAAAGGAACUGUGCCCAUUGGUGUGACAGAACCUUUGAUUAGAGUCUGUGGAGAAACUGCAAUGGGGCUCCAUCUUGAGGCUGUGUCCUCAUGUGAGUCAUGUGAUGUGAACCUUCCUGAGCCACAACCAACCAGGACGCUGAAGUGGACCGCCUUCAAGCUCUUUGGGGGCAGGAGAAGCAUCUGCACUCUGCCAAGCUUCUUCAGGAGUAGAAAAUGUCAUGGAAAGGGGACCUCAAAAAAGGGGAUAAACAAGAGCAAAACUCACGAUGGCAUCAGCAAGGUGAGCUGGGAAGAUGGAGGAAGAGCGGGGGACAUGCCAACAAAGGAUUUUGAAUACCACAGGCAGAAAGACUCAGCCUUACCCAGCAGCAAGAGUUCACAGGUUAUGAACGAGCUUUCUGAAGGGGGUGUGUCCUCCUGCCUGCCAACUGUCAGUGGUGAUCAUAAAGCCUUUUGGGACAAAUCCUUGCACUUUCGUCGACCAAAGAGAGGACUGAAAGGUUUCUUUAGCAGCCUCAGGUGUCCCAAAAAGCACAGAAAUGUUGAGUCAGGAAAUCGUGAGACUUUUGAAUUGUCGGGAGACAUCAGUGAACACACAAUGCAUUCCACUGAGUCUGAGAUUGAUAACCACGACCCAAAGAGUGUGGGUAAUUUGGCUGAACCCAAGGCUCCUGCUUCUGAUGUCAAAGACACUUUAACUGUAGCAUGUGAGGUAAACAAGGAGGUUAUUGUGUCUGUAAACCCUGUUGACUGCACUGACCAGGACAGCACUGACCGGGACAGUUUGAAAUCACUGACUGGUGUAGCUACAGCUCUAGAGCCAGCAGCAAAUGCUCUGAAUGUUGCUAUUGAAGUUGAGGCUCCAUCCUCUAAUGUUGACCUUACCAUUGCCUCUGUUGCCAGGCUGGACCUCGCAGAGAGCAGUGAGCGAUCUGUUCAGUCACCUGAACAUGUCUAUGUAAUAUCAGCGGAUGAAGCCUCUCUGAAAAGCUUUGACUCGCUGACCGGUUGUGGGGAUGUCAUUGCAGACCAGGAUGAGGACGGCGUUGCUGAUAGGACAGUUGUGAGAGAGAAGAGCUGCAGCGCUGCUAAGAGGAGCUCCAGCUAUGUCAAUUUUCAAGGUGGAGGGGAAGAAAUGGCCACUCCUGAUGAGGUAGACUAUCUUAGGGGAUUAUGGGAGAGUGACACAGUUGAUGAGGUGGGCAGCUUUCCUAGAGAGCACCCAGGUUAUGUUUCAUGUGAUGUUAGCCUGGCUGUAACUGAAGCACCACUCAUUGCCUCUCCCCAUAUGGAUGCUGGUGGCAAUUGCAGCAGUUUGCAACAUGGAACUGGCACUAGCAAUGCACCAAUACAUGUGCUGACACCUCAGAGUGACCAGCAGGGGUCACUGCCCAACAGUGACGAAGGCUAUUAUGAUUCUACCACCCCAGGCCCGGAUGAGGAUAGAAGACAUGACCUUGUUGGAAUUGCAAAUGAAAGGCUGCCGAGAGACAGUUAUAGCGGUGAUGCCCUUUAUGAGCUCUAUGAGUCAGAGGACCCCCUAACAAGCCCCCCGGUAGAGGGCAAACACUCAGUUGAAACGUUGUCAUCCGCGCUGGACACGCUGGAUUUUUUAUGCUUGACAUCUCAGGACCCUGAUGAAGAGCAUCUCCGUGAACCCCAGAAUGUACAGAAUUCAACUGCUAAGGAACAGGCUGAAUUCAAAUUCUGUUUUAAAAAAAGUCCCGCUGAGUGCAUAACAAGGCUAAAUGAAAAACAAGCUUGCCAAAAUGAGGAACAGCUGCAGGUUAUUUCAUGGAUACCAAGUCCGAAAGAUGAGUGUGUCUCAUAUGAACAUAGAUGCCUUAAUGACAGAAACAAGAAUGGUAAAAGUGUGUUCUGCUUUGAGAAAUCAAAAGACAAUCAUCUAGAUGACACGAAAGAUGUCAUUUGUACUGCCCCUAUCCCAAAGUCAGCACUACCACUGCAAGAUUUAACUUCUUGUGCAGUGCAAGUCCAUCAAAUGGACCUUCCAGAGAAUCAAGGGAAAAUGAGUCUUUCCAACAAAUUGGAGGUAGGAGCAGAACAUGGGCAGACUGUUUGCUUUUCUCAAGCACUCGUGAACUUCACAAACGACACCAGACUUUUCAAUAAUCUCUCUCGCAGUCUGGUGGGCCCUGAACAAGGCUCUGUGUUUACUCAGAACAUGGAGGCUCUUCCAGCUAUGGUGACUUUUGACGUAUUCGAUACAGAAAAUGAGGGGGAAUGUGAUCGUCACACGGAGAUGGAUAUUGAGUUGGAAAUGGAAAUGGAGAUGGAGGGUACGGAUGAUGAUGUGGAAUCGCCCUAUGAGUCCUCACCAUAUGAAAGCUACCUGCAAAAGGAUGCAUUUGCGGAAUGGGAUGACAAAAUGUUAAAUGACUUUGACCGGAGUUUGCUCUGUAGUAACGCCUGGGGGGUUGCAAGUCUUCCACGGUAUUAUGGCCUUGGUGGUAUUAGCCCACCUAUACCAGCUGCACUAUCAGCAAAGAGGAGAAGCAGGUCCCUGGACACAGAUGCCUUGGAAUCUGAGAUAAGUGACUUGUGUCUGACAAAAACUAAGCCGAAGCCUGUAUUGAUUGCACUCCCUAAAUCUGAACAACGUUCCAGUAAGUUAUCCCCCUUACACUUCAAAACUAAUGGGCACUUAGCCAGCCCAGAAAUGCUGGGCAGAGCUGAAACAACUGUAUCAUGGCAACCACAGACUUCAGGAAGCUCAGUGCCUUCACAGACUGAUGAGGAAAGAAUAGGCUGGAUAGAGUAUGCUUUGGAAAGAGAGGGGGCUAAGCCAGCAUUCUAUCAGGCUGAAGGACCACAAUCUCAGCACAUAGGCCAAGGUACUAAAUGCAAAAUCAGACCUCAGAUUUCCAUGUGUGCGGUGCAGGAGAAAUUGGGCUGUAAUUCUACACUGCAGAGCCCUGGACAGAUGGUCAAAUCGUCACAUCUGCCGGUACAAUGUGGUCCCCGCAGCUUUCAACCCGAUGCGUCUAUGCCGGGGACCCCAGGAGAAUUCUCACGCAGGGCUUCUGCUCAAGUAUCCGCGUUAGAUGACAGGAACCCAGCACAUUUCUCACAGAAACAUUUUGCAAAGCAGCUCCACAAGUCUACCCAACCACCUUCUAAGAUCAGACCUGUGGGAAUCACUCGAGGGAUGCCUCAUUUCCGUCCAGACACAAAUCGAACCUCCAAACUGACAAACUGCAAGAAACAAAGAGAAUCCACCAGCAAAGGCAGAGAAGAUCUUAGUGUGUCUCUGCCUGUUGGUUGUCACAAGCACUCAGCGUAGAGAUUGGAGUUGUUUGAAGAUGAUACAGUCCAGAAUUUAUAUGAAUUAUUCACAUUUACUGCCAGUAUUUUCUUGCCAAUAUUGUCAUUUCACAAGUUUGCAGACAUAACACCCACCAAUAAUUUUCUGUUGCAUGUCUUUAUUGAAAAUGUACCAUACCAGGCAAAGCUUAACCAUGAAGCCUUAUUGUUUUCUUGAAGUACUGCAGUUAUGUGGAUUCUCACCAGAGUGUGCCAAGGUUUCACAUUGAUUGUUAAUUGCUAAGAUAGUGGUUCCCUCUGUGUUUUCUGGAUCUCAUUUAAAUGGAGAAAAUGGCAAUAAGUCAUAUUUUUUCCCUCUGUGUAUGAUUGGGCUAUUUUCUUUUUUAAACUGACCUUAUCUAAUCACAUCGUAAUCUUGCAUCCAAGAAAUGGCCUUUUAGAAUCUACAGUAAGGUAGUCCAUAUUACAGUUGUUUCAUGCAUUUUCUGUUAAACGGUACUGUUUAUAGUCUUCAGGUUGCUGUCACAGAGUAAGCACAGGCUUAUAUUUUGUAUUACAGCACAAUUCUACCUAUCAUGCUUUGAUGUGCUCGUUGUGAAUUAACCUCACCAGAGCAUUCAAAGGCAAAACAUACUUGAUACUUCCAUGUCUGAAGUGUACCUAUGUCCUGAAGGCCUUUAGCUGGUUCUUUUAGUUUAGGGUUCUUCUUGAAGGGUGGUUCAUGGUGCUUUGAUUAAACCACCCUUUAAUACAUUUACCCAUUUAUUUAGGUAUUUAGGUAUGUCUCUUUGCCUUGUUCUUUUAUUAGUCAAAUAUUUACUGCUGCUAUUGUGUAUCAUUCAUUUGUAAGAAUACUGCUACAAGCUGUGCUUUUUUCAUUUCCAAGGCUGCUGGACAGUCUGGAAGUAGACUGAAUGUUAACAAUUUGCUCACAUUCAUUAGUUUUAGUUAGACUAGAACUACAGACAUUUAUACUGCUACAUAUCAUGACUGAACAAUGUAUGAACAGUGUACUUUAUAACUUCUCACAUUGCCAAACCAGGAAAUGACAUUGUGGGCCCUGCACUGCAGUUUGACCUUUAAGCUUGAAAACAUACAUGACAGGAUGGUAUUUCAAAGUGCAGGUUGUCAUGUACAGUCACAUCUUGCCCUGUAUUUUAUAAAGCAAAAGGUUUGUUGGGAGAGGAAGAAUUUAUGAUCUUAUGAAGAUAUUAAUUGACACAUGAAAUCAAACGAAUGCAAUUUUGCCUUGGAUUAACUCAUCUCAGAACACAGGUGCAGGCUUCACUACACUGUAGCAGGAUUUUCUGCUGAAGCAGUAUCCAUGGGUUCUUUGUGUCCUCUCUAGUGCUUUACUUGUAGAAUUGGUUUAGGAUAGUUUUAGGGUACCGCUGCAUUUGAGAACACUAGUUUGUGUGUUGUGCAUGAGACCUGGAAUAGCGUAUUUUUUGGUUGUUCGAUCAAUAUUUUUACCUGCAUCAUUGAUUUUGCAAACAUGACUGCCAGUCUGCUUGGGACUAUUAGCCUUUCAUACUAUAAUUAUGUUUAACUCCCAACUUCACUUUAGUGUGAUUGGCUGCCCAGAUUGCUGAAUUAUUACAAUUGGAUAGCUCCACUGCUUGCAAUCUUUGCUGCUCAUUUGAAAUUUUAUCACAGCAAACGUAAAACACAAAAAGGCCAUUGCUUUUCAGCGAGAGGUCAGUGUUAGAUACCCAGGGUAGGCUUUUGCCCUUACAGGGCACUUCAGUUGCUUAAUCCCCCCAGGUCUCUCCCCAAUUUUGGGAGUGUUUAACCUAUUUCUUCAUUUAAAUGCAGCAGUACAGAAACAAUAGAACACGCAAGCUACAUACAUGUACACCUGCUCCUCACUGACCCUUGGUUAUAGCUGUUGUUGUCCCAGUAACCAUGCAGGAUGUACUGUCAGCUCAGUGGGAGGUGUGCCAUGUUGAAAUAUGAGCUUAUCUCAUGCACUUACCCAGUGAUGCAUGAAUGCAUGUGUGAUCCACAGCAUGGACUGUUCAUGCAGAACCAAUUUAGCAAAACUGUAAGCUGCACUGAGCUUUACGGUGCUCAAUGGGGAAAGUGUGAACAUCCUAUUAAGAUUUAAAUGUCAAUCUGAUAUCCUCACUUAAGGGAAAGAUUGUAUUUAAUAGGGCUUCAGUCUGCCUUAAAUCAACACUGCUGCUAGGUCAGGCUUCAGUGCCUUCUCAGUGUUAUUCGAAAUCAUACCAACAACAUGGUUAGCUCCUGAGUUCUUUCUAUCCUCUUUGCUUCUUUUGACUAAAGAAAGGGGUAGGCAACCCUGGCCUGAAUUGGAAGUGAUACUUCUGUUUGAGUUUGGUACAGGUUGAUCAAUGAUUAGGGUCUCUAAACCUUAAUAUUUGGAAUGAAUCUGAAUGGUGACAUGCUGGAGUAUAUCCAUCAUGGUCACCAGCUUACAUUAAACCUAUUAAUUUAUCCAAAUUUGGGAUUGGGAUGCAGCUAAAAUCAGAACUAUAUCUGGCAUUCAACGACCAGGGAUGUCUACUAGAAAGUGGCUGCUCAUAACAGGAGUUACCAGAAGUAUACUAUAUAACAAUUAAUGAAUAUUCAUAAAGUGAAGGACAGGGCAACCUCUUUGUGAAUAUAGAACUAGUUUUCAGCUUCAACGGUAACUUCCAAUUUUAAGAAUAUGGAGCUGACUAUCUGGUUAGUCUAUAGAUCCUGUGUUGUGACUUAUUUAUAUGCUAAUGUAAAACAUUUCUUUUUUUACUAUGAAUCCACCUUUUCUGUUUUAUUGUGCUGGUUGUUAGUUUAAAUCUUUGUCCUGUACAGUUGAGUACUGAUACUGCAAAAGUUUUGCUUUUCUUAGUCUACACUGACCGACAGUAGCCUUUCUCUUUAAUUCAUUAUGGGACUUCCCUAUGGAUGUUAAUAUAAAAUUCAUUUCUGUGACUGGUUCUUACCAACAUCUUUGUAUUGUAAUGCUAACCUUUUUGAAGCGCUCACCUGUUUGCUUUUGGAAUAUAUUUUGUAAGUAUGAAGAUGCAACUGAAUUUGUCUUGUUGUUCACACCCUUUUUCUGGAAAGCAGUUUGUUUUUAGCAAGAUCUUCUGAAAUGAUUGUGGUGAAUGUCCCCAAUUUUUCAAGUUUCAUAAAAGCAAAGAUCUUCACUUUA